AUGGAUGGCCACAACACCCAUCUCAUGGCCUCCAGCCGCGGCCAAAGGGUGGCGAUCGCUGAAUCCAAAAGUCCCAUGUCGGCUAUCUUCGCCAAUCUAUACGAUAAGGAUUCCAACCCCGGCGGGCUAUACAAUGUUGGAGUCGCAGAAAACGUGCUGAUGCACGAUAUUCUCCUGGAAUAUAUCACCAAGCAACAACCAGACCUACCAGCCCGAUACUUGACCUACAAUCAAGGCGGCGGAGGCUCAAUGCGAUUAAAGGCCGCCAUCGGCCGUUUCUUGACAAGACAUUUCCACCCUGUGACGCCCAUCCAACCGGACCAUGUAGUCGUGACAAAUGGACUGGCCGCUGCGCUUGAACACCUUUCAUGGGCGCUUGCCGAUCCGGGCGACGGUAUCCUUCUGGGGAGACCUUACUACGGCGCGUUCAUCCCAGACCUGUCCCUACGAUCAGCCACGGAGGUGGUAGAAGUCGCCUUUGAUGGAUGUGACCCGCUGGGAGCUUCUGCCGCUCAGAAAUACGAGCAGGCGCUACUAGACUUUCAGCAUCGGACUGGAAAACAGGUCCGGAUCUUGGUUCUCUGCCAUCCUCAUAAUCCCCUGGGCCGGUGCUAUCCCCGGGACACGAUCAUUCAAUUAAUGCGGCUAUGCCAGAAAUACGGGGUUCAUCUAGUCAGCGAUGAGAUAUACGGGCUUUCCACGUGGCAAAAUCACAUCGACGACGACACCAAUAGGCCCCCACCCGUUGAAUUCGAAUCUGUUCUCUCAAUCGACACGACCGAUCUCAUCGACAACCGUCUCGUGCACUGCCUCUGGGGACUAAGCAAGGACUUUGGCGCCAACGGGCUCCGUAUCGGCGCAAUCAUCUCCCAAACAAACCGAACCCUUCACGCAAUCCUAUCAGGGACAUCACCGUACUCGUACGUCUCCGGACUAUCAGACCACGUAGCAGCCAGUCUUCUCGAAGACGACGCCUUCACAGCACAAUAUCUGCAUGAGAAUCGCCAGCGAAUUGCAACGUCCUUCCAUUUCGCCGCCCGGUACCUCAAGGACCGCGACAUCGAAUACGCCACGGGCUGCAACGCCGGCUUUUUCUUGUGGAUGAAUCUAGGCAAGAAGUACCUCGAGGUUCAUCCAGACCGUCUCGCCGAGCUGACGGGGGAUGCACUCACCGAGGAAAUCAUGCGGCUGCUGGUGAGCAAGAAGGUCUUCCUUGCGAGUGGACUGGCGUUCGGCUCGGAGCAGCCCGGGUGGUUUCGAAUUGUGGUUUCGCAUCCGGUGGACUUUCUUCAGGAGGCGCUUCGACGCGUUGAAGCUGCGGUAUGCGAGUAG